UAACGUGGCAAAUCAGAAAUUUUCGCUCUAUUUAUGUUUAACGUACGCCUCCAUUGACGAGACCGAAGGACGAGGACGUGGCCGCAAUAAUUAAAGGCACAGUUUCCCAUUAACCUUAUUAACUAAAACCCCGAGCAAGAUCAAGGAUCUUGUGUUCCUAGUGACGAAAGAAUGGGCUACCUUAAAGUUAUCAAAGAGGCUCGGCAGUAGCUCCACAACGUGCUCGAAAGCGGCACCGUUUACACCUCUCGGCCGCUAGCUGUGUGAAAGUGCCCCGUCGUGUUAAAAUGAAAGUGAUCAGUUUUGGGAUUUUGUUAGUAAUAAAUCUGUUUUUGAGAAGCGUUCAAUGUGAAAAUUUGAAACUUUUAAUUUUGCAUAACAAUGACAUGCAUUCACGUUUCGAGGAGACGUCGAGAACAUCGGGAACGUGUAAGGAUAAGUCGAACUGCUACGGAGGAUUUGGAAGGGUGCUGCACGUCGUGCGAGAGGCAAGAAAGGCAGCGGCUGAUGGGACUGGACCCCCUGUGCUCUUUUUAAAUGCCGGCGACACGUACACGGGAACCUCCUGGUUUAGCGUGCACAAGUGGAGGAUUGCUGCCGAUUUUAUGAAUUUAUUGCAACCUGAUGUUGCGUCACUUGGAAAUCACGAAUUUGACUACGGCGUACCCGGACUACUUCCCUUCUUGCACGCCGUUAAUUUUCCAAUAGUCGCGGCGAACCUCGACUUUUCCAAGGAACCCGAGCUGCGAGCGACGAAUAUAACGAAAUCGCACGUCCUUGAAAUUUCGGGUCGCAAGAUCGGGGUGAUAGGCUACCUGCUGCCCGAAUCCAAAGAGCUGGCCGAUACCGAGGAUGUGAUUUUUAUUGACGAGGCCGUUGCGAUCAGGGAGGAGAGCCAGCGGUUGCAGCGCGAGGGAGUGAACGUAAUCAUAGCUCUGGGUCACUCCGGAUUUAAGAAGGACCUGGCGAUCGCGAAAGAAGUGCCUUUAGUUGACGUGGUGGUAGGAGGUCACACUGACACGUUCCUUUGGAACGGAGCGCAGCCCGACUUGGAGGUUCCGGAAGGGCCGUAUCCGACGAUCGUCAAGCAAAGAUCGGGAAAACAGGUGCUGGUGGUGCAGCCGUAUUCUUUCACCAAGUACAUUGGUCGUUUAAACGUGGAGUUCGACGAGAAUGGAGACGUAGUGGGUUACAGUGGCCAGCCGCAGCUUCUCAGCUCGACAGUUCAGCAGGAGCAAGACGCGCUAGAUUUGCUAGAAAAGUAUCGACCGGAUGUUCGUAAGUUGGAAGAAGAAAUUUUGGGACGCGCCAAAGUGUUUUUGGACGGCACCCCCGAGAGUUGCAGACGAAAAGAAUGCAACCUGGGCAAUUUGGUCACGGACGCUUUCGUAGCGUAUCACGUUGAGCAUUACGCUGGUAGGUAUUGGACGGAUGCGCCCAUUGGAAUAUACAACGCCGGCGCCAUUCGCAACAAUAUCGAGCCUGUCAACGAUACCAUUCGUGGGGGUGAUUUACUUUCCGCCUUCCCUUACAACGACCUUGUCUAUUCCAUGACCUUAAGCGGCGCUGACUUACUCAACACGUUGGAGCUGGGCGUCCGAAGCGAUGGGGAGACGAGCUAUGGCGAGUUUCUGCAGGUGUCUGGAAUUCGGUACAGUUUCGACUUGACAAAACCAGUCGGAUCGAGGAUUACUCAGGCGAAAGCUCGCUGUGCCGCUUGCAGCGUUCCCACUUAUUCCCCCAUCAGUCGGACUAAGGCGUACAGGAUUAUAACCAGAGAGUUCAUUGCUAACGGAGGGGACGGACACACCAUUCUGAAGGAGAAGGGGUACAACAAGACCGUGGAAAAACUAAACGAAUUUGAAAUCCUACGUUGGUACAUCAAGAAAAGCCCUACGAUCUUUAUAGGAGAAGAGGAACGCAUCGCUAGGGAAGGCAAAAGUUUCGCUGACGCUCGGAUACCAAGCGCCGCUCUGUUGAUACUUUCCAUCGCGUCGCUGUGUGUUUCGGCAACCACGAGUUCGGGUAUAAACCAUCAGGCCUCUCGCCCUACCUAAAGGCGAUCAGGUUUCCGAUGCUAGCGUGCAACGUGGACUUCUCCGAAGAGCCGGAGCUGCAGUACUUCGAUCUGCAGAAGUCGUGGAUUUUCAACGUGGACGGAAGGUCAAUCGGCGUAAUCGGUUACGUCACGACGACCAGCGC